AUGAUGACAGUUUCAUCGUCAGGGACGACGAAAACGUUAAAAAAAGUAUUCGUCUGGGGAUGCGGCGAGGACUACCAGCUCGGCGUGAAACAGGCGAAACGAGCGCUGGAUUUUUGCAUCCAUCAACCGACGGAGCUCGUGUUCCCGUUCAGUCAAAGUUGCCAAACUUCGCCUUUGCACUCUGACGCGAGCGAUCGCGAGAAGGACGACGAGGAGGAGGAAGAAAAAGGUGAAGAAGAUUUUGAGGAGAUCGAACGGUUAAUCGCCGGGUCGAGGAAUUCGUGCGUGUUGACGAAAAGCAAAGAGCUUUACAGUUGGGGGUGGAACAGCCACGACACUUUAGGCCUAGGGGGCGAGAGAGCGAACGACGUAAACGAGGAGAAGUCAGAUGUCAAGAAGAAUAACAAAGAGUUCGUGAAAACACCGACGAAAGCGACGUAUUUCGCGCACGAUACGACGGAAGAGUUGGAACAGUUGCACAUUAAAGACGAGUUCGUGGCGUCGGAAAUUGUGCGCGUCGCGCUCGGCGGAUGGCACGCUUUGGCCAUCGACCAGUUUGGGAGAGUACACGCGUGGGGCGGAAACGAGUACGGACAGUGCGCCACGGAGAAGAAAAAGAUAGAGGAGAAGUUUGAGGUGGAAACAAUUGCCGCGACGACGACGACGAGAGAUACCACAACCGCCGCCAUUGCGAGGGACGAGGAGAGGAAAAGAGGCGUGGUGAUUGACGACAGAGGUUUCGCGAACACGUCUAUUUCGACGCCGAUUACGAUUCCUUUGGAUUGGAAGAGCCCGAAGACGUUGAUUAAAGCGAAACGAGUGGCGUGCGGCGGAAUGUCCUCGUUUGCGGUGACCGUCGAUGGCGAUGUCUACUCGUGGGGAUGUCCCGUCGGUGGCGUCGGUCCAAACACGUACCAUCCAAAGAAAGUAGAAAACUUACGAGACUGUUGUGAAAUCGCGGCGGGGAGUUUCCACGUGUUAGCUUUAGCGAAAGACGGGACGGUGUAUUCGUGGGGACACGGGGAAUAUGGACAGUUGGGGCACCAGAAAACCGGGAACGAGGCAACGCCGAGAGCGAUCGAAACUUUGAACAGAAAAGGAGUGGUGAAAAUAAGAGCCGGCGGGUGGCACUCGGCGUGUAUAACCGCCGGGGGGCAAUUACUCACGUGGGGAAGAGGAGAGUACGCGCGACUCGGUAUGGGCGACGACGACUGCGCGGAUAAAAUCACGCCAACCGAGGUGAAGUUUCCAUCACCCACCGACGCGGACGACGACGACGACGACGAAAGCAAACGUCAUCAAAGAUACAAAAUCGUCGACGCCUCUCUCGGCGGUUCGCACACCAUCGCGUUAACCUCUCAAGGCCAACUCCUCUCCUGGGGCCGCAACUCCUUAGGCCGUCUCGGCCGCGUCGUCAACGGUCCACACUCCGGCAUCCCGGGUGAGGUAAAAUUCCCGCCCUUACCAAACGAACGAAAGUGGAUAUGCGUCAAGCUCAGCUGCGGCGGAAGACACAACAUGGCUUUAUGCGUCGAGACGAAAACGAAGGAAGAGCGAGAGCGCGCGCUGAGAGCGUACUUCAAUAACGACAAUAACAUCAGAUAG